GACGAAGUACCUCCAAUUACGAUACCUUUGGGGCAUCAGACGAGCACGAAUAGUCUGUUGACGCUGCCACAGAUGCGUCCCUUGGUGGGUGACUAUCUUGAGGACUUCUUCUUCCGGAUCGAGGAGAGCAGAGCACCACCUCUGGCGAUGGAUUUUAUGGCCACAUGCAGGCUCGAUAAUACGAAGCAUCUUGACAGAGCAGUCACAGAUGAUUAUCUUAGUAGCUUUCUCGCCUUGGUACAUGCCUUCCACCCCAUCUUUGAUCGCGACGAUCUCAUCUUGAAUUACGAGGUGGUCAUGAGGGAAGGCUUGAGCUCUGACAUCAGGUCGGCCUUGAUCCUUGCCAUCUUAGCCCUCGGAGCAACUGCCUCGGAUGCAAUCGAUCACGGGGAGAAUGAAAAUACUGGCGAUGCCUGCAUGCAGAGGGCGCUCCGGCUCCUGAUGCCGGCGUGGACAGUCUCGUAUAGCGGCAACAUCCAGCUGUCACAGGGGUUGAUCUUGUGUGCGCUGUACUUUACGUAUGUGGUGCAGCCGUUGACGGCGUGGAGGCUGAUACAUAUGGCGUCGACGAGUAUACAGCAGCUUUUGAUUCGUAGGUGCAAGGAUAUCUUGUCGGGUCAGGCUGAGAUUCAGGAACUGACACGGCUAAGCUGGGUGUGCUUUGUUAUUGAAAGUAACCGAACCAGUGAUAUCCUCGCCGAGUUUCACCAGCCUAGGAGUGGCAUUGAUGUCCUUGUUGAUCGCAUGCCCUUCCCCAACUACGGCUCCAAUCCUAAGCCUGAGCAUCUUUGCGUUUUGGCCGAGAUAUCGGCCCGGUCUCUUCUCAAUCGCAUGCAUCACGCCAUUUACUUUACUGAUAGUCUUACGAUAUACGCUGGUCGCGCCCUCGACUCGAUCACGUCUUCCCAGCCAGCUCACCCACAGCCAGAUGAUUCUCUCCUGCGAGUGUGCAAAGAACUGAAUUCGCAGCUCGAUAUAUGGUACGAUGCUCUACCGGUUGACAUCAAACCCGACUUGUUUGAGCGCACGCCGGGAAAUAAGCAGGCAUGCAUCCUGCGGCUGCGGUUCUGGUCUGCGAAGCAAUGCAUCUUCCGGCCGUUUGUGAUCCACGCCACGUCGUCGCAGUAUGAAAAGAACGAGAUGGAGGUACCUUCGGCGGUGGUGAAUCAGUGCAAGGUGUGUCUGGCAGCUUGCAGAGGUUUCCUCCGCGCGGCGAUAUAUCUGCUUUCGGAGAGGACGCCCUAUACUUAUAGCUCGCUGCAG